CUGAAGUUCAGGUGUGAAAAUGGAGACUGGAAGGUGAAGGUUCCAUGGGCAGAGAGGUACCUGGACUUUAAUGAGACUCACUGCACAUACACUUGUGUGCCUGCCUGCCAGAACAAUGCAACCUGUGUCAAAAGUAACGAAGGAAAAACCUUCUGCCAGUGUGUUCCUGGCUACACAGGCACUCAUUGUGAGAGUAAGAAGUGCCAGGAUGUCACCCUCAGUGGUAUCAGUUUGUCAAACAUAGAGACUGGACAUAGUGGGUACACAGGAAUAGUGUGGAAGGACUGCCCCACUGGAUACAUCCACACUAGCACUGAUAAGAACACGUAUGUGGAGAAGUGUAAGGAUGGCAUAUGGAUGACUACCCCUGGCCAGUGUAUACCUUUGUGUGAGAGCCAUUGUCUCCAUGGAGGAACUUGUGUUGCUCCUAACACAUGUGCAUGUCCUACUGGCGUAUUGGGACAAACAUGUGAUGGAGACACCUGUGUUAAAGCCCUUACACCUACUAUCAACCGUGCCAUCUACAAGAAUGAGGUUCACUCUUUGACCAUCACCUGUGAGACGGGCUACAGGUUCUCCUCGGGAGACCAUGAACUAAACUUCACCUGUGUGAAGGGAAAAUGGGACUUCAGCAAGCAGAAACCUUAUCCUUGUGUUCCAUACUGUGGUGAUAUAAUAUGUACUAAUGGUGGGACAUGCGAUGGACCCAACUUGUGCAAGUGUCCUCCACAGUACACAGGUAAACAGUGUGAUGUUGAGCGCUGCUCAGAACUUCCCAGAUAUCUCAUCCACUCCUCAGGAAGCUUCAGUUCACCAGAAAUGAAUCAGUACACCAUUAGGUGUGAUGCAGGAUAUGAGCUUAUCACCAGAAACACGUCUUUGAUAUUGUCUUGCAAGAAUGGAGUGUGGCAGUUCCCUCAGGCCUUUCACUCUCUUUUCCACAUUGCCUGCCACCCUGUGUGCAGGCCACCCUGCUUCAAUGGUGGCCGUUGUGUUGCUCCCAAUGUAUGCCGCUGCCCUGAGGGAUUCACUGGCAAAAUUUGCAGCUGGCGCUAUAAUAAGACAAUACAGAAAGACAUGGACUGCAAGUUCCCCUUUGAGUAUAAGAACAGAUGGUACUUCUCCUGCACCACUGCUUUCCAUUACCUGCCUUGGUGUGCCACAGAAGUCACCCCUGACGGCAUCUUGGUUACAUGGUCUAUCUGCUUUGCUGAUAUGGGUAAGAUGAAGGUGAUAGCAACAGAGGGUGGAGAACGGUGCUAUUUCCCAUUUUACCAUGAGGGCCAUGUAUACCACUCCUGCACCUCCAUUGGGCAGGACCGCCCCUGGUGUGCUACCUCCGUUACUCCCUCAGGCCUGGUGAACACCACUGAUUUCUGUGUCAGUGCUCUCUGGGGAGCCGAGGAGGUGAUACUAACAGUGCAUGGAAAUGAAUGCAAGUCUUCCUUCAGAUAUAAAGAGCCAAAGCCUUCAACCUUUGGUGAGGAGUCUUAUGUUAAAUGUGCCAUUAAACAAGUUAACACCCAAAAUACAUUAAACAAGGAAGUUGUGCUCUUUGAUCUUGGAUACCAACACACAACGCUGACCAAGACUGGCAAGUUAUGUAUGUUCCCCUUCAUGUAUGAUGGUGAACAGUACUACACCUGCAUCCAGAGAGGACAUAAGGCUCUUUGGUGUGCUACCAAUGUUGACACCAAUGGCACCAUCCUUAAGGAUGACUUCUGCAUUAAUUCUUACUACCUUGACCAAGGGGUGAGGGACUUGGAACUUGCACCUGCUUACGUCCCUUCCUUCACCACCAAAGAAUUUUACAUACGAAGCAUGCGACUGGUCAGAGCAUUAUCUGGGAAUCGGUGUGUCUUUCCUUUCUUGUACCAGGAGAAGGCCUUCUAUGCAUGUAUAUACCGUGAUGCAGAUGUGCCAUGGUGUGCUACCCAGGUUGAUAAUGACGGUCAUGUCAUCGUCAGGACAGCCUGCCCAGCUGAUUGGGAUAAUUUCUACUACCGGUAUGAUCUCUCGAGAAGGAUUGCAGUUCGUAACAAGAUACCGAUGUCUGUGAGCGGCCUGCGGUGCCAACUAUUCCUCUACAAAGGCAAGUUGGUGGAAGGAUGUGUGAAGGAGGAGGGACAGGAACUGUGGUGUGCUGUCCAAACUACCAAAGAGAAGCUCUUGGCAGCUGCUGACUUUUGUAUUGAUACUUUGAAUGUGACAGAAACCUCCAAUCAAUCCCAACAUUUAGGAGAUUACAUGACUUUACUGAUAAACAAGACAACAUAUGGCCUUCUUGACCCUUCCUACACCAAAGGUACUCGUCCACUGUACUCGGUGAAUGGCUACAAAUGCAUCCCAUUCAUAUACAAAGAUGUAAUGCACCAUGGCUGUAUUAAGGAGGAUGGGAAAAAGCCCUGGUGUGCUAUAGAAAUCAACCCAAUUACCAAGAAAGCUACAAAUCAGGACUGGUGCCCUGCUGAUUGGUAUUUCUGGGACUAUUUCUUCACGCUGGACAUCAACAGUUGGUCACCAUUCCAAAGUGGCAUUCAUGUGGUGAGAACAGUUACAGGACAGCACUGUGUAUUCCCAUUUUUGGUGGAGGGUCGCCUUUACCACAGUUGUAUCAGCUUAGGCCAGGAGGAGAAAUGGUGCUCCACUGUCAAUGAUGCUGAAGGUCAUGUCUUGGAGAAGGAUUUCUGUCUCCCACAUCCAAAAUCUGUACACCUUGUAAGAACAACACAAGGGGAGAUGUGUGUCCCUUUCUUGCAUGAUGGGGUCCUGCAGACAGGCUGUGUGAGGGUGGAAGGGGAGGCUCACCCAUACUGUGCUACAAAGGUUAACAACCAGGGACUGAUGCUUGUGAAACACAGCUGUCCUGAUGACUGGAAUGAGACAGUGAUACAGGUUCCAGUUGACAUUGAUGACUCUUACAAUGAUCUAGGUAACUUGACAAUUGAGAAGAAGAAGCGAUGUGUACCAUUCCUCCAUGAGGGGAGUGUGAUGUUCAGAUGUGUGAAGGGGGAGAAUGGCCUGCCUUGGUGUGCUGUGGCAGUCGACGAGUCCCUCAAUCCUACUCAGAAGGAUAUAUGUAGGCCUGAUUGGUAUAUUGACUUCCUGCCAAGGGAUCAUCUCACAGAAAUAACAACUUCACCGAGCUCGGAGCUGCUCACCUCAUCUUUGCCACCAGACUACUUCAAUGAAUCACCAUCAUUAUUAAAGUCACCCGCUCAACCAAUUCAAUUCAAUGAAAUUCCUCUCAUGUCACCUUUAUUAACAACAACUCCACACACACCAACUUCACCACCACCAACAUCAAUAGUGUCUAGUCCCUCACUUCCACCUACACCAACACCACCUUCAGGACCACAAGUACCAUCAGCAGAAUGGGUGACAGGUGGUGGAAAUGUUACUGUCAGUGGCAAACCCUGCAUAUUCCCCUUUGUUUAUAAGGGACAAGAAUAUGAACAGUGUAUACAAGAGGAUGCCAAGGGGCCCUGGUGCCCCACCUUACUCAACAAACAUAAACAGCCCAUUGCCAGUGAAUUCUGCAAGGGUACUUCUCUAGAUUCACCACCAACUGUACAGCUAAACACUACAGUUAGUGGUGUAGCGUGUGUCUUCCCCUUCCUGUACCGUGGAGUACGGUACUGCCACUGCAUUACUUUGGAUGACAACCACCCAUGGUGUGCUACUCAGGUCGACUCUGAUAGGCAUCUAACAUCAAGAGGCUACUGCAAAGGCAAUGACGCCUCAGUGAAACCACCAUUGACAGGCAAUGACACCUCAGUGAAACCACUUCAUGUCUCAAGCCAGAGACAGUUUACAAAAGAUGGAGUCGAGUGCAUAUUCCCCUUCACAUACAAAGGUAUUCAGUACUGGAAUUGUAGUUCUACAGAACGACCUGCACUCUGGUGUGCUACUCUAGUCAAUGCCAAGUUACAGCCUCUCCAAAGUGGAUAUUGUGCAAAUAACAUUGCUUCAAUACCCUUCCAGCCACCACCAACUGUCAUAGGUAUGGCUAUGACUAUACAGAGAGGGCCAUGUAUCUUCCCCUUCUUGUACAGAGGAAUAGUGUAUGAGCAGUGUGCCUGUGUGGACGCUCCAGCCUGUUGGUGUCCUACAUCACUGACAAGAAACAAUGAACCUGCUGUUAGUGAUUAUUGUAGAGGUUUGCUGCAAGGUUCACCACCACUUAUAUCUCCACCGGCUUUUGGACUCGGGGCACCAGUUACUGUAGAUGGAUGGGCAUGUCACUUCCCCUUCAGGUACAAGGGCAGGACAUACACUAAGUGUACCUCUGAGGACAGCAACCACCCAUGGUGUGCAACCAUUGUUAACGAUUCAGACCAGCCUACAGAAAGUGGAUACUGUAAAGGUAGUAACCAGCCUCCACCCAGCAAGCCCCCAGUGAGGGUCCCUCAACCUUCUUCUGGUAAGCUGUACCUAAUAGGCGUAUGGGUAUGAUACCACUUAGAAGAUGGACACAACCACCUGAAUCUUAUGCACCAAGACACAGUUAUGUGGCCUUGCCCCUUUUUUUUUUUUUUUAAUUGGUAACA